CUCAGUGACACGAUGCCUGAACGUAUCGAAGGAUAUGCGCUUUUCACUCGUUUGGCGUGGAUGAUGACGACUAUUGCACAGGCGUUACCCUCAGAGACUUGUCAGAUCAAUCUCUAUGCUCCCGGCUACUCUUAGUGGCGUACAACAUAUCGUAUGAAACGACCAAUCUAUAGGAGUCAACAAACGCACUAUCAUAGUCUCUGUCGCUCCGGGGAACCUUCGACUUCCCAUGUACACACGUUUCGAGUGCUCAGAGUAGGGGGACGUCUCUUGAUAAGCUCCUUUGCCUGCUCAGCAUCAACAGUUGUAGUCGCCUUUAGUACGACGCGAGACGAUGCGAGGUCUGGAGAACGAGACAACAUUUUGUCUUUUACCGUCGUUCUUCAAAAAUUUAUGCACCAGAUCAAGAUGUACCGUCAUCUUCUUCAACGCCAACUCUUCGCAGCAGUCCGUCCAAUGGCUCAGAGAGAGGCGGAACAUCAUUGUCUAGCCUCUCUUUGUUAGAUGGAUAACAACGGUACUGAUGUACGAGAAGUUCACGACUGGUAUAUCGACUGGAUUAUCUG